AUGUUCCUGUUGGACCCGCGGUUCAGCGACGCCGACGCCGCCUACGACUUGCACGGGUUGUACCUGUCGUUCAUUCUGACGUACGGCAAGCGGUUGCAGAACUAUAUCGGCCACUACUACCACAACAACCCCCACGCCCAGCUGAUGGUGCACCUGCUGCCGUGGCCGGUGGAGCAGAUGAGCCCCAUCCUCAACGGUCCCUUGACCCAGGCGUUUUUCCAGUUUAACCGGUUGGUGAAGCUUUUGAGGCUGGUCGACCACCGCGGCGUCGAGGUGUUGAUUGUCGGCGACAACCUCCAGCUCGCCUACGGGCUUGCGGCGCUGUAUUUCAUGGACAACUACUCGUUCAACCUCGCCAACCUGAUGCGGGUGAUAUCGCAGCAAGUGGGGUACCCGGUGACGUUCGACGGGUCCCACUACGACGACUUGAUCAUCUCCGACAGCUUACAGAAGUUCUACGCCGAGAACUCGUUGAUCAAGCAGCAGCUGGUGGUGGGCACCAAUAGGUGCAAGCGCGGGGUCGAGGACGACACCGAGGUGUCGGCGAAGCGCCGGACUAACGUGUACCACUGA